UGUCCUGGUUGAUGCAUGCAAUGUCUGAGCAGGGGAACGCAACCCUAGUAUGUUUGGAGAACAGCGCUGCAAGGUUUGGCCAGUGUAUUUCUACCAAAACGCGCACACAGGAAUUGUAUGAAAUUGGUAACUACAAAACGUUACCUUCGAUUCGCUGUGGAAAUCGAGCAGUUGAAGGGCUCCCUUUUUUUUGGUUGCUAUGGCAGCCAAGGCAUCGAAAGGGAAGUGGGGGGCCCUGAAGGAGCACCUGACCAGCAGCCCCCCUGACCGAGAUGCUCACCUUGAGGCCAACUUGGAGAACUCAGUUCCAGAGCUAUGCAUACGACUGCUACAGGUACCCACAGUGGUCAACUACUCAGGGGUGCGGAGGCGUCUAGAGGGGAGUGACCAGGAAUGGAUGGUGCAGUUCCUGGAGCUCAAUGGACUGGAUCUGCUGAUGGAGGCCCUGGAGAGGCUGUCUGGCCGGGGUUGUGCCCGCAUCGCUGACGCCCUCCUCCAGCUCACUUGUGUGGCCUGUGUGAAGGCAGUGAUGAACUCCUCAGCUGGACUGCACUUUAUACUGGACAAUGAGGGAUACGUCAGGACCCUGUCACAAGCCCUGGACACGUCCAACACCAUGGUAAAGAUGCAGGUGUUUGAGCUGCUGGCGGCCCUCACCUUGUUUAACCCACAGGGACACCACCUGGCCAUGGAUGCCCUGGAGCACUAUAAAAGUGUGAAUAUGCAGCAGUACCGCUUCAGCGUCAUCAUGAAUGAGCUGCAUGCGACUGACAAUGUUCCGUACAUGGUCGUCCUCAUGAGUGUGGUCAACGUGAUCAUCUUCGGGGUAGAAGACCUGCGGAAAAGGGACAAACUACGCAAAGAGUUCAUCGGGCUUCAAUUACUACAAUUACUUUCAAAACUUAGAGAGACUGAGGAUGUGGACCUGAACAUCCAGUGUGAGGCCUUUGAGGACACCAUGGCAGAGGAUGAGGAGGAGAUGGAGAGGGUGUACGGGGGCAUCGACAUGAGCAGUCACCAGGAAGUCUUCACCACACUCUUCACCAAAUUGAGUAGCUCCCCUGCAUCGGUGCAGCUGCUGUCGAUCCUGCAGGCUCUGUUGUUGGUAGGUCCGGAGCAGAGCGAGGUGUGGCUGGCCCUGGAGGCCCUGGCUGACCGCGCUACUUUGCUGGCACAGGACCCUGAUGUUGACUCCACCAAGCGCCUGAUGGAACGUCUGGUGUCCUCCAAGGGUCAGCAAGGGUCACCUAAGGUCAAGACCACAGACCGGGGCGUUCAGAUUGAUCGGUCAAUCUGUCCAUCAGGUCUAUCAGGGGUCCUCAUUAAAGAAUCUACCACCCCUGUUGCCACUUCACCUCCUCCCCAUCUACCACCAAGCAUGAGAACUUUUGUCCCACCACUUCCUGGCUUCUCUGGGAUGCCUCCCCCUGGCCUCCCUCCUCCACCACCACCUCUACCACAGAUGGGGCAUGGAGGUCUACCACAGAUGGAGCAUGGAGGUCCUCCCCCACCCCUGCCAGGCAUGAUGGGUCCACCGCCUCCCCCACCCCUGCCUGGCAUGAUGGGUCCACCGCCUGGCAUGAUGGGUCCACCGCCUCCCCCACCCCUGCCUGGCAUGAUGGGUCCACCGCCUCCCCCACCCCUGCCUGGCAUGAUGGGUCCACCGCCUCCCCCACCCCUGCCAGGCAUGAUGGGUCCACCGCCUCCCCCACCCCUGCCUGGCAUGAUGGGUCCACCGCCUCCCCACCCCUGCCUGAUGAUGGGUCCACCGCCUCCCCCACCCCUGCCUGGCAUGAUGGGUCCACCGCCUCCCCCACCCCUGCCAGGCAUGAUGGGUCCACCGCCUCCCCCACCCCUGCCUGGCAUGAUGGGUCCACCGCCUCCCCCACCCCUGCCUGGCAUGAUGGGUCCACCGCCUCCCCCACCCCUGCCUGGCAUGAUGGGUCCACCGCCUCCCCCACCCCUGCCAGGCAUGAUGGGUCCACCGCCUCCCCCACCCCUGCCUGGCAUGAUGGGUCCACCGCCUCCCCCACCCCUGCCAGGCAUGAUGGGUCCACCGCCUCCCCUUGGUGGCGACGAAAUUAUAGUGGCCCAGAGUGUGCAGAUGCGAUCCUGCUACACCUCUUCACCCAAGGUGGGCCGCUGCCCCACACUGCGUAUGAAGAAGCUCAACUGGCAGAAGCUGCCAUCCAGAGUGGUGACUGCUAGUCACUCCAUGUGGACCUCGGUACAGGUAGAUUCUCUGGAGCCUGAUUACUCCAGUAUUGAGGAGCUCUUCUGUCUGCCAGUGACUGACUCAAAAGCCAAAGGCAGCACCCCUGCAGUCAAACAGGAGCCCAAAGAGAUUUCUUUCAUUGAUGCCAAGAAAAAUCUUAACCUGAACAUAUUCUUGAAACAAUUCAGAUGCUCACAUAAGGACUUUGUGGCCAUGAUUCAAAAAGGUGACCGGUCCAAGUUUGAUGUGGAGGUGCUGAAACAGCUGCAAAAGCUACAGCCAGAGAAGCAUGAGAUUGAGAACCUGAAGUCCUACCAGGGAGAGCGGGAGAAGUUAGCUGGUGUGGACCAGUUUUAUCUCCAGCUCCUAGCUGUUCCAUGCUACGCUCUGAGGAUCGAGUGCAUGUUGCUGUGUGAGGAAAUCAGCUCAGUGUUACAGAUUAUGCAGCCUAAAGUUAAGCUGCUGGACGAGGCCUGUGAGAGUCUGAGAGUGAGCACUCGACUGCCAAGCUUCUGCAUGCUCAUUCUGGACGUUGGAAACUUCCUCAACUAUGGAAGCCACACAGGGAACGCUGAGGGCUUCAAGAUCAGCACACUGUUGAAACUCACUGAAACCAAGGCCAAUAAAAGUCGCAUCACGCUGCUCCACCACAUCCUAGAGGAGGCUGAGCAGAACCAUGAUGACCUGUUGAACCUUCCAGAUGAUCUAGAGAUCUGUGAGAAGGCUGCUCGUGUGAAUUUGGAGACUCUCCAGUCAGAGGCGAGUUUGCUCAUCAAGCGGUUGAAAGAGUCAGAGAAGAAGGUGGCUUCCUCCUCUGUGGCGGCCAUCAAGGAGCAGUAUCUCACUGCCAUACAGGGAAGCCAGGAGGCCUGCAGGGAGCUGGAGGCGAGGUUUGCCUCCAUCGACAGGAAGAAGGAGGAUCUGGCACAGUAUCUGUGUGAGGACUCAUCCCGUCUCUCCCUGGAGGACUUGUUCAGCACUUUACAUUCCUUCAGGGGACUCUUCAUCAAAGCUCUGAAGGACAAUCAGACCCGCCGAGAGCAAGCGAUUAAGGCUGAGAAGAGGAAGAAACAGCUGGAAGAGGAGGAUUCCAAGAGACCAAGGGGGGAGAACAGGAAGAUAAUUCGUAAAGCCCCCCCGGUCCAGGAGGGCUGCAUCAUUGACCACCUGCUGUCUGACAUCAGGAAAGGCUAUGCGCUGAGGAAAACCAAGCACCAGGCUGACAGAACCAGCCUGCCUUCUGAGGACAAGAAAGGGGACAACAUUCAGCCUGGUGAACAGUGCACCAAGCUUAAGGGAACAUCUGCUAUAGAUGCCAAAGAGGAAGUUGAAAAGGGGACUUCACCCAUUGACCUAGGACAACAAAGCGGAGAUCCGGUCGUAGUGGAGUCCGGCCUCCCCACAGACCCCUCACUUCAGUCGAGUUCUCCCAAAACACCAGGCCCCUCAAACCUUCAUACCACCACCAAGGAUCACAUCCAGAGUGAACACCUCAACCCUGGGAUGGAUUCCUCUACUGACUGCCAGCUCAAGGAGUGCCCAGAGGGGGAGGGGUUUAAGGCCGCUGAAUCCAAGGUUGAGAAUGUGAACAGGAAUGCAUUCUCAGCUGCUGGGGAUGGUCCAAAGAGCAGAGAUGCAGAGACCGAUGGGAACAGAGAGAGUGGAGCUGAUGGAAAUGGGUUCGAGGAGACUCCAUCAGAGUCCCCCUCAACCACAGCUGAUGUCGACGCAGAGUCCAAACAUGCACAGAAACGGGGGAGUACUAAGAGCCAUGGCAAAGCCAAGCGCAAAGGAAAAGACCACACUAAACUUAAAAAGGUGUGUGUGUUACAAUGAGGGAGGUUCUCCUCCUUUCAGGCUAUCAGAAACACCAUCCACUAAGCUUGCAUGGAUCUCACUAGAUCCUUGGUGAUUUAAGGGUCCUGUUUCACUGGCUGUUCUGCAUCUUGGCCAUCCUGCACAUCCCUCCCUUUUCCUCAGUGACCUUUCUGAAGCUAUUUGCAGUUACUGUUCCUGCUUGAGCUCUCUUCCAUGUCUGUGGUAUGGUUAGCCUGGCUGGCUUCCUGUUGGUGCUUUAUGGUUGACUUCCAGGGGCUUUUUGGUGGUUGUAUAUUGUCUGUCAGCUAAUACCGGGUGGUUGGAGAUUCAUAGGCUUGCCAUCAUUGGAUCCCCCUAGUACAUGAGGUGCCCUUAUGAUGGGAGAUGUGAUACCCCUUGCGCCUGACGAAACGCAUACCGACUCACUGAACAUUGCGGGACCUCAGCCAAACUCUGGACCUCAGCAGAACUCUGCCUGUUCUCCCUACCAACACACACAGAGAUCAGAUCUGGGCCAGUGGUUUUUGUGGGUCAUGACAGUGUUGUUGAUUCACUUGGUUUGAGUAACUUUUUGUGGAUUUCACAUUUUGUCAAAGAACAUUGCCUCUAUAAAUGUUGCAUUUGAUGUGAACACCAACUACUGACUUUUGCCAGAUUGUUCUCCAUUUUUUUUUUUUAUGAUGAACAUCUCAAGAAAGUAGUUUGUUAGUGUGUGGUAAAUCUUUGUCACUGCCAAGGGAUGUUACAAUCACAGAUGUCCCCUAAAGAUGACAUCACUUCAUGUUAGGUGUGGGGUCUAUGGAUCUCGUCUCUCCUAAUAGCCAGUGUGCAGAGUGCACCGAGCAAGCGGCUAUGGCUCUGUCAAGUUUAAAUGUUUUUGCCUCAUACACACACAGUGGGUGUAAAACAAUACUCUCAGUGUGCUUUUUAAAUGCACUUUUCUUGAUUGAUUUAGAUUUUAUUAGGAUCUCUUUUUGUCCUCAUUUGGACUAAUCUUCCAAGAGUCCUUAAACUUUAAAAUACAAUCCAAUAUUCACAAAUAACAUGCUGUUACAAACAUACCAUAAUAUAUCAAGUAAAUUAGAAAAAAGAACUAAUGACGAUCUGAAAAGAGGUUAGUUCAGUCAUCUACCAUAGUCGUGCACAUCACAAUCCUAUUUCCUAGUGGUUUAAGUAUUCCUGAAAUUAUUUAUUGAAAGAUUUCUGGUUUCUCAAUUUGUUUUUGUUUUUUUCGCUUUGAAUCUAAAUGUUUUACUUCUCUGCUGGUGUAAGACAUGGAUGGUCGAUGUCCUAUUCUUUGUAUUGACUGAAUGUCUCUUAUCAACUGAAUCCUGUAGUGAAUAGAUUUUGGCCAUAAUAAAAAAAGGGUGCUUACUUUA